AUGGGACUGACGUCAGUGGUUAGAAUAAUGGACGCGGCGGGAUCGGCCAUGCUGGCCUCUCACCACCACCACCAACACGAAAUGGCGUUCCCUGGAGAUCGCGCUACAGGUGCGGUUGCGGAGGCGAUACCUGAGGCGCCUCGAAAAUCGCCUCAAAAUUCGCCUCACGACGCGGCGGGAUCGGCGAUGCUGGCCUCUCACCACCACCAAGGAAUGGCGACGGUCUCCGGAGAUUGCGCGCACGGUGCGGUUGCGGAGACGACACGCCUUGGAAGCUCCGCGCAUUCCCCGCAACAGACGCAACUCGCGCAGUCUCCGCAAUCCGAGAUCGUUCCUGUCAGGGACGCGGGGAGCGGCGCGCAGGCGCUAGAUCCGGCGGAGAAGCGGCUUCUGGAGCUGGGAUACCGACAAGAGCUGAAGAGAAGCCUGGGCUGGUUGGAGAUAUUCGGCGUGUCGGCAGCGGUCAUGAACCCCUACAUGACAGCCGUGCCUUUCUUUGGCUUCGCGCUGCUGCAAGCCGGCCCCGUGGGCGUGGUGUGGCCCUGGGUGGUCCUCGCGCCCUUCGCCCUCUGCAUGGUGCUCGUUAUUGCAGAAGUCUGCUCCUCCUUCCCCACAUCAGGCUCGCUUUACUUCUGGGCGGCCAGCCUGUCCCCUCCGCGAUGGAAGCCGCUGGUGGCGUGGGUGACGGUGUGGCUCGAGGUGAUCGCACUCUCUGUCUGUGCCAGCAGCAUCGCCUUCCCAGCGGCGCAGCUAGUACAAAUGAUGAUGCACCACAUGGCAGGCGGGGAGCACCUCUCCUCAACAGCAUUCUUCUUCGCCCUUUACUGCGCGCUGCUGCUCUCCUGGGCAAUCCUCAACUCGCUCACCCUCACCUGUAUCUCCCGCAUCCUCGACUGCUACGUUUACUUCGCAGUGGCCUACACAAUCGUCAUCGUGACAGUGCUGCCAGCAGUGGCAGUGGAGUUAAAACCAGCGUCAUACAUCUUCCUCGAGUACCAGUCAGGCUGUGCCAUCACAGGCGUGUGCUCCGUGCUCCCCUCACUCAUCCUCGCGGGCCUUCUGCCACACUUCUCCUACUACGGAUUUGAUUCUGCCGCCCACGUCACGGAAGAGACGAGGAACUCGGACAUAUCGGGCCCGCGGGCAAUUCUUGGGUCGUUUCUGGUGCAGGUGCUGUUUGGCUUCGCGAUACUCGUCACCUUCACCGCCUGCAUCCAGGGCGACUACCACACUCUCUUCACGGGAGAGGGCUCGUCCUUCAUGGACCCCGUCGUGCACCUCCUCAUAUCCCUCUUCACCGCUCGCUAUGGCUCCGCCACGGGGGCCUACGUGCUCCUCUUCCUCAUGGUGCUGAACUUCUAUGCCGCCGGCUUCGGGGUCACACUCGCCUCCUCGCGCGCCAUCUAUGCGGCCAGCAGGGACGGCGCCAUGCCCUUCUCGCACGUGUGGAGGAGGCUGUCAAGGCGCAGCCGCAUUCCUGUGCGGGCCAUCUGGUUGUCCACCUUCAUCGCUGUUGCCUUUGGCGUCCCCAGUUUCUUCUCCCCGACAUUCUUUGGAACAGUGGCAGCAGUGACGUCAGCAGCCUGGCUGGGGACAUACGGCAUCGUCGUCUUCUUCCGCCUCAUCAUCCCUCCGCACCGCUUCAAACCUGGCCCUUUCUCCCUCGGCUGCUGCGCGCGGCCGCUCUGCGUAGUGGCGCUGGGAUAUAUCGUGUACACCAUCGGGGUAUUCAUGGUACCCAUCUUCUACCCUAUCACGUGGGAGACCUUCAACUAUGCCCCCAUCGCAUCACUUCUGCUGAUGAGCUUUGUCAUCCUAUGGUGGAUGGUGGAUGCACAUCGAUGGAAUGACAAGCCAAAGGAGCCGCCUAUUAUCCCGUUCGACAGCUUUGUCGCGAUGCCAGGCGACAGCCCGACGACAUUUGGUAACCAGAUCGAGAACACGAUGCGGUGGGAGGAAUUUUCCAUCACGCAAGCCGUGCCUAAUCUUUGGAACCUCGCAGCGCGUGACUCGUUGGACGGCAAGCAGCUCCCUGCUCUUCCGGCAGCUGCACUGGCGGAAGGAACCAGUCAGCCGGCAGCGCAACCGGCAGACGGUCAGAAAGUUGGUGGAAAGCGGCAGCUUCCAGCCGAGGGAUUGAGUCCAACCCGAUGCUCACCUCGGCUGAAGAAACGACAGGAGUUUGCCGCACUGGCGGUCUCCUCGUCGCCCAAACCCCUCUUCGCGAUGUCGCCGCCAGCUUCGCCGAAGUCGCCGAGAUCGCCGAAGGCCCCUAGUGCGACGGAGGUCGCAGAGUCGCACGGGCGAGGAAAGGCGACAGCAGCAGCGUCGCCGGCAGCAGCCUCACCUGAGCCCGGGAAACGAGCGAAUCGGAGGGUGAACACUCGUUGUAAGGACCGACGUAAUUUUCAGGAGUUGAUUCAGAAGGAAGAUGGCCUCAGUACCGUCGGUGCCGCGGCUGAGGAUGCGAAGAAAUGCGGCGGCGGAAACGAUCAUGAAAAGGCAUGCGUGGAAGAGAAAGAUGUGGAGGUUGAGCAAGGGAAAUCAGAGCCAGCUGCUGCUUCAGGCAUCGUCCGUAAUGCGAGUGCGGGGAAUGAGAGUUCGGGGCUCGUCGAACCAGCUCCUGUCGUCGCGGAGAAUCAGAACCCGCCCAUGGCUGUCUCGGCAAUGGCAGCCGCGACGCCUGAGGGAGCGGCUGGCGGGGAGCAGGCGGCUGCAACGCGCGACGUAGACACGCCAGAUGAGGCGAUUGGGCGUUCGGGCGUGCUGUCGUCGUUCCUCAGCCCAGGCCUCGACGACGUGAACGGCAUGGGGCUCGGCGACGGGGACCUGGACGGGCUGCUAGAGACGCCGGACGGGGCUAACUCAGGCGGGGGGAGGCGUAAGGGAGGUGCUGAUUGGUUGGAUAGUGCGCUACUGGGCUCGGGGAAGGGUGUUGGUGCUGCGGGUUUCGCGGGUGAUGCGGGGAGUCCGCUGCAGCUGGUGGGGGAGGCUGCUGCGCUGGAUCCGCUUCCGCGCGUUCCGCUGGUUCCGCAUCAGGAGGAGUGCGCGCCGUUGCGCCUGGAGAGCGCGCUGAACGCCGCGCUGUUGCUGCCGGCGGCACUCGCGGAGCACGAUCAGGCGGACGAAGCGGCGGCCGUUGGGAAGCUCUCCGGCGAUGGCGCGUUCGGUUCCCCGCAGGACCAGUUUUCCACAAUCGGCCGAUUCCCCCACCUGACUGCCCGCCCCGCUGCGACCGCGACCGUGGGCGGGAUGGCUGCUAUCGAGGCGGGGACGGGCGCGGAGGAGAUAGAGACUCCGCCGAGGCGCGUGGCGGAGAGCAGGAACGGCGGAAGCGGUGCGCGCGAGGCGGAGAGCGGGUCGCCGAAGGACGGGGACUCGCCCAUCAUGGGUGUGGUGUCCGCCGGCAAGGAGGGCGCGGGCGGCAGUGCCAGGCGUGGCGGAGAGGUUGCGCGGGAUGCGCGGAGUGGGGAGAAGCGCGGGGAUGCGGAAGACGGGGGGAAUUGGGGGGAUGAGGGGGAUGUGGAGGAGCGGAGUAUGGGGCUGGAGGGGUGGAGCGAGGGUGUGAGGCGGGCAUUCGAGGAUGUGGAGAUGGGGGAGGCGCUGGUGGGGGGUUACGAUCUGGCGGAGGUGGGAUGGGGGGAGGUGAUCACGGGCGGGGAGGGCGGAGGAAUGGAGAGCGCGGAGCAGGCGCGCAUCCGCGGCGUCCGCUGGCUCGAGUGGUUUUUCUCCAGGGCUAAGAUUCGGGGUCUUAGAUCCAGCGAUUUCACUCUCUUUUCGUGGUCUCAUGCCUGUCCCGCACGUGCGCUUCCCCCUCUGCAGCUGUCGCUGGAGAAGCGCAAGUCGGGGGUGCUGGAGCAGUCCCCCUGGACUCCGCGCACGCCCAGGGAGCGCGCGGGGGAACCGAGUGCGGGAGAGCUCCUGUUCCGCCGCGUGUGCCUGCAGCCGCAGGAGGAGGCUUUGGAGAGGCUGUGCGCGGAGCAGCUGGCGCGGCUGGCGGAGGAGCAGCAGCAGACAGACGCGCUGGAGGAUGCCAUGACCUCCAGCGACACCGCUCUCGCCCAGCUCGUUGCUGGGUGGAGGCUGAGAGAAUACGAGCAGUCACAAGACGGCACACAGAUGGACCUUGUGCUCUCCGUUCUCCAGUUCGUCACCCUCAGAGUGCACAUCGACCUGGCGACAUCUUCCUUCUCCCUCUCGCCAGCCAUUAACCAAUCAGUGGUUGCCAAGCAACUCCCUCUCUUCGACGUGGUGCCUGCAAUGGAAGCGCUGGUGAUGGGGCCAACAAAGGGUUCCUCUCAGCCGCGUUCCUCGCCGCUCACUGCUGCUGCCCUCGCCGCUGCUUACCAGGGGUUGCUGCUACGAGCAGGGCGCACACUCUCAUUGGUGCAGGAGCUGUGGGAGCAGAGGCAGCAGCUCAUGCGGGUCAUGCCAUGCCUUGCUAUUCAGCCGUGUGGCACCUCAGGAGAUGUCAUGGUGCGGGCUUCAUUCGUGCACUUUGAUCCCUUCACCAAAGUCAUCCUCAGCUGUCGCAUCCCCUACCAAAUAAGUGGCAUGUCCUACCCAUUCACGCGCCCCCAUGUGGCGGUGGAGGUGCCUCACAGCCGCAAGCUUCCAGCACAGCAGGUGGUGCAGGCAGUGGAAGCAGCAGCAGCGCAGGUGGCUGAGGGGUAUGGGCUCAUGUCCCGCAUGUUGCAAGCGGUGGCCAGUACCCUCGAGAUGCUCCUUGGGAAUGAGACACUGUAA